AUGGGAGUAUUAAUCAUUCUGCGAAGUGCAACUGAACAUCCUCGAAACUUUUGUGCAGGAAAAAAGGCAAUUGGAAAGAAACGAGCAGAGACGACUCCGCAAGAUGUGGGACAGAGACUUAUGAUUUGUCCUUGGUGUCCGAUUUUGGGCAAUGGAGAUUCUUUGGGGGAGGCUUUUGGUAUUUUGGAGCUUCACAAGUAUUCAACACGAUGUUUAGCAGCAAAUACCAAGGUUACAACUUUUACCCGAAAAUUCGCUUCAUAA